AUGGCCUCUCUUAUGCUCAGCGUCUUCGUUGUCGAAGUUAUCGUCAACCUAGUCAACACCAUUGGAGCCACCGCGAUCAACAACCUGCUCUGGACAUUGAUCAACUUCCUUCCCAUCUCGACGUCAAAGGCUGCCGGCGAACAGCGCAAGCUUCAGGCCGAUUACCUCAAGGUCCGACGAGACCUAAAUGCCACGAGCUCUCAGGAUGAAUUUGCCAGGUGGGCAAAGCUGCGCCGCCAGCACGAUAAGCUUCUCGAACAGCUAGAGAAGACCAAGAAAACCACCGAGGCUUCACGAUCCAACUUUGACAGAGUCCUCACCGUCGUCCGCAUCGUCGUUACUCGUGCGCCGCAAUACUUCCUGCCCUUCUGGUACGCCACUGAGCCCAUGUUCUGGCUGCCUCACGGUUGGUUCCCUUACUGGGCGGAAUGGAUCCUGUCUUUCCCUCGUGCCCCCAUCGGAAGUGUCAGCAUCGCCUCGUGGCAGCUUGCUUGUACAGGAGUCAUUGCCCUUCUCAGCGACUUGAUCAUGGGUACUGUUGGACUGCUCUUCAGCGCGAAGGAGACCAAGGAGGCACCUAUCGCUUCUGAGAAGGUCGCCGCAGAGGAGAAGAAGAAGUCAUGA